ACAAACGGGUCACACAAGACGUUGUCCCAAUUGAAAUAGUCCACAAAAAGGAAAACAUAAUGAGCUACACUCUGAACAGUAUGACUGAUUAUACAGAUAAUGUAGAAAGUGAAUAUACAGAGGAGCUGCAUGACAAAGAGAGUGAAAGUGAUAAUGAUGCUCAAGAUGUUCAACUCUAUGAGCCUUGCCCAUACUGUGAAGAACCAUUGCCCAGUCCUCUUCCACCUGAACUUGAGCUGUAUCUAAGCAAACUACAGAAGAAAA